AUGCUGGCCCCUCUCGCUGGGGCCUCUGACACCCAGCGACGCCAGUACCGCGCGGCCCGCACGUACUCCUCCCAAGGCUUCGUGGCCUCGGUCUUUGUCCUCUUCAUGACCUUCGUGUUCUCGUCCUUCCGGCGCCUCUUCGAGUCCAUCAACAGCUGGCUCAUGAAGCUGCCGUUGUGGAAGUCGGCGGUGGGCCUCUACCACAGGCCCUGGGCGCGCGGGCUCGCCGUGUGCGUGCUGCUGCCGCUCCUGCCGUGGCUUCUCGCGCUCUCCUGCGUGAACCAGUUCGCCCGACGCCUCCGCGGCUUGAGCCAGGAGCCCGCCUGGCUCACGCCGCGCGUGCGGGUCCGCGUGGAGGGCUUCUGGAGCUGCUGCUGGGUCUCGGUGGCCCCCUGGUGCUAUAUCUGGGCCUACGUGCUGGUGGUGUACACCGCGGUCCCUGUGUUCCUCUACGUGCUGCUGGCCUUCAUGGGCGAGUUUAUGCGGAGUUGGCCCUUCCCGCUGAUCGUUGUGGCCACCUUUGUAACAGGCAUGAUCCUGUUCAUGAUUCCGCCGGUGCCGGGCCCUCCGAUCUACCUUUUCGGCGGCACCCAGGGGACCGCCGCCGCCGCGUCCUGGACAUUUUCCAGAGUGUUCAUGCUCGGGCAGCCCUAG